AUGGAGACGGCGGAUGCCGCCCGCCUCCCGCCUACGCUGCCCCCGGUGCCGCCCCCGGGCCCCCCCCCGGGCCCCCUCACCUACCGGCAGCCGCCCAGGAGAAGCCCCCCGGCCCGGGCCUUGCUGCGCUGGCUGCAGAGCCUCCAGCUCAGCUUCUGCCCCCGCCACGUCCACAGGGACUUUUCCAAUGGCUUCCUGAUUGCGGAAAUAUUAAAUUUCUAUUACCCGGAAGACCUCAGGAUGAGUGGUUUUGAAAACGGAACCUCUUUACAGACCAAACUGUCCAACUGGGCCCAGCUGGAGAAGUUUUUUGCAAGAAAGCACCUGAAACUCUCCAAAGAACUCAUCGACGGGACCCUCCACUGUAAACCGGGAGCGUCGGAAAUCCUGAUCCAGGAGGUCUACACCGUGCUCACGGGCAAGAGAAUCAAAACCCUGCAGGAAGACGAAGCGGACUUCACGGACCGGGCUUACCAGAUCACGCUACCGCUGGUGGCCCAGGCUACGGCCUCCAAAGCCAUCAAGAACAACAUCAAAUCGACCGAACUGCUAACCAAUCCGAGCAUUAGUGUCAUCGCCCAGAAGACCAACGCUAUUCUUAAUAUGCACAUGCUCCGCAGACAGUUCAACAGGGAACAGAAUCCAAAGCGAUACGACAUGAAGCCUACCUUGGGAGAACUUGCCGUCCGUCACGCCCCCGUCCAAUCGGAGCCGUACAACGACAAAGAAGUCAACGUCGCCAGGAAAAAAUGUGCUCCGGCGCCAGGCCUCCCGGAGGUCAGAGGUGAAGUGAAGUAUACAGAGAUUAAAGUGAAGCAAGCAAAGAGGCUCCCGAACCAACAAUUCUCCUGUUUUCCGACCAGAAGUCUGGAAAAGUGGCCCCCGCAGGGAAACUGAGGAAGAACGUGGGGGAACUUCACGCAAGACGGAGAAAGUCUCUUUCCGUUAUUUCACCCUUUUGAAGGGGCACCAACAGCCUGGUUUGACUGUAUGGAAGCACUGGUGGACAAUAAAGCAUAAAACAUAA